AUGAAAAAGUACGCCGACCAAGACGAGGACGAGCGGCUCCUGCGCCUCGCCGCCCUCGGCCACGUCAAGGUCGCGGAGCUCACCGAGGCGGGCGAGAACGACAAGGAGGACGAGACGCCGGCCAACGACGAGACCGAAGACGCGACGCCGAGCGAAGCCGGCACGAGCGUGGUCGACGACGAAAAGGAAGCCAUCUACGCGCUGCACCGUGAGCGCAAGGCGCAGCUGCAGGAGCAGGAAGAGGAGGAAGCGCAGAACGCCGCGUUCCUCGACUCGUUCACAGGCACGCCGCUGCCCAACGAUCUGCUUUUGUUUGCGAUGCCCGUCUGCGCGCCGUACUCGACGCUCGCGCUGUACACGUACAAGGUCAAGCUCACGCCGGGGUCGCAGAAGAAGGGCAAGGCCGUCCAGUUUGCGGUCGACCACUUUCUCAACCUCAAACCCAAGAUCUCGUCCGCGAUCAAGGUGACGCCUGUUGGCGAAGACGCAACCACCGACGAGGUGACGCCCGACGUGGACCCGAUCGAAGCGCAGAAGGAGCUCAUCAAGUGCGUGCCGGAAGCCGACCUCGUCGGCUGCAUGGUGGGGCCCGUCAAAGUCUCGGCGCCGGGUCUGAGCACCGCCAAGAAGGGCGGCAACAACAAGCCCAAGAAGGCCCACAAGAACAAGUCGACCUAG